AUGCCUCCAACGAAACAAGAACUCUCCCUGCUAAUCAACCCGCUCGUCCCGGAGUCCGUCCAACACAAUAACCGAGUCCUCUCCCAACUGCACUCCCUCACCUCCUUCCUGCUAGGCCUCACAGCCGGCAUCCUCGCGCUGCAAUCGGCAACCGGCUUCGCGUUCUAUCUGCUCGGGACGGUGCUCGUGUCCGG